AACUAACUUGCUGGCUUGCUGGGAGGAUUUUGCUUGCCUGCGUGAUUCCUGCUUCUUUCCCUCCAUUCCGUUGACAGCUCAUUCCCCUUGAAAAAAACUGAGAUAAAAAAUCCACCAUGCGAUUCGGAAAAACUCUUCAAGCGUCGAUUCACCCUCCGUGGCGUGAACAUUAUAUCGACUAUGCGAAGAUCAAGAAACUUCUCCGCGAAGGGGACGAUUCGGAUUCCGAGCGGACUCCAGCCUCGAGAGCGGAACAGAUGGAGGGAUGGACAGAGAACGAUGAGUCGGAAUUCGUGCAUGAACUCGUCAACAUCCAGCUCGAGAAGGUGAAUAAUUUCCAACGUGGGAUGAACGAGCAACUCAAGUCCCGGACGGCAAAAUGCGAGGCUCGACUCGAGCAACUUGUUGCUGCCACGCCGUCUAGGGGGCCCGCGUCUUCUCUCAAUCCCGCCAGGGAACAUAUUGGUGGUGAGGAGAGGCAGAAGACGCUAACGCAGGUUUUGGAGGAUCUUGAUGGCAUCACAUCUGAUAUUAAUGAGCUUGAGAAAUUCUCGCGUGUAAACUUUACCGGGUUCUUGAAGGCUGCGAAGAAGCAUGAUCGGAGGUCCCGAGGAGGAUCCGCUGCCAAAGAUAAGGGAAAAGGAAAGGGAAGGGGUGGAACAAAUGGGGAUUAUAAGGUUCGCCCGUUACUGCAGGUGAGGUUGAGUGCGUUGGAGUUCAACAGGGAAGACUACAGUCCGCUGUUGUACAGACUGUCGGCUAUGUAUGCCUUCGUGCGUGAGAACAUCGAUAGAGACGCCAAUGAUCAUGGUCAGACCCGGACUUCAUCUGUCGGCUCUGGUCCUCAACCCCAAGGCAGUCGAAAGUAUAUAUCGCACAAAUUCUGGAUUCAUCCCGACAAUAUUCUAGAAGUGAAAACGUUUAUUCUUCGUCGCCUUCCCGUCUUAAUCUAUAACCCUCAACCCUCUAAAGAAGUUGAUGCCAGUCGCCGUGAUCCUACUAUCAACUCCGUCUAUUUUGAUAAUCCUCAAUUCUUCUUGUAUCAUGACAAGCUUUCCAAAGCUCCUGAGGCCGCGUCCUUGCGCUUGCGGUGGUACGGGCGCCUUUCAGACAAGCCUGACAUUCUGCUUGAGCGUAAGACUAUGCGUGACUCCGACUCUGAAGGUGCCGUCGAGGAACGAAUCACUUUGAAAGAGAAAUAUGUGAUGGACUUCAUCAAUGGGAAUUACGCUAUGGAGAAAACCGUUCAGAAGAUGAAGGAUCGCCCUCUCAAGAACGGCGAGGAUGUGAACAAGUACGAAGCUUUGGUGCAGUCGUUGCAAGAUUUCAUUAAGGAGAAGAAAUUGGAGCCAAUGCUGAGAGCGGUAUACACACGCACAGCAUUUCAGAUUCCGGGCGACGACAGGGUUAGGGUUUCGCUAGACACCGACCUUGCAUUGAUUAGGGAUGAUUGUUUAGACGAAGACAGGCCGUGUAGGGAUCCAGAGGAAUGGCACAGGAGGGAUAUUGACGAUGCUGAAAUGGAGUAUCCAUUCUCUACCCUGAGAAAGGGCGAGAUCUCGAGGUUCCCAUACGCGCUUUUAGAAAUCAAGGUGCUCGAAUCCGGGCUUCACGGAAGGAGUAAGGAGUGGGUUAACGAUUUGAUGAAUUCUCACCUGGUCAAGGAAGCCCCUAGGUUCAGUAAGUUUGUUCACGGUAUCUCUGUGCUUUUCGACGACCACGUCAGUAGUUUCCCCUUCUGGCUGGGUGAAUUAGGCACGAAGGACAUCCGGCAGGACCCUAAACAGGCCUGGGAGGUUGAGCAACAGAAGGUCAAGAAGCAAAUUGAGGAUGAAACUAUUGUAGGAAGUUUCAGGCCAGGUUCUAGGGAUUUCGGUGGGAGGUCUGCCCCGUUCGCCACCACUCCAAACAGGUAUGGGGUUACACCCCCGAUCCCCGAGCGGGGAUUCCCGGCCGCCCCCCAGGGCGAGGGCGCAAAGAAAGCGAGCGGAUCUGACGAGCAAUCGUCUGACAACGACAAGGACUCUGAAGAUGAUGAUAGUGACACGGAAGAUCUCGCAGAAGUUUCGCAUAGUGUUGCAACAGUCCCCGGGCUUCGAAACCUUUUCCCGACCUUCUCGACGUCUCGGUAUGGCCGCGCUCAUCGGAAACCGAGUAUACCUGUCAAACUGCCGCCUGGUGUGCAGAAGCCCGGCAUCCUAAUCAUGCACUCAGGCCCUGUGCAGGUCGAGGCAAAGGUAUGGCUUGCUAACCAACGCACGUUCUUGAAGUGGCAACACGUUUCUGUGCUUCUGGCUUCAUUGAGUUUGGGUCUUUACAAUGCCGCCGGGAAACACAACUAUAUUGCUCAAUGGCUCGCAGUUGUUUACACCGCCAUCGCGAUCUUUGCUGCUGGCUGGGGUUAUACCAUGUAUAUGUGGAGAUCGAGGCUUAUUAGAGAAAGAAGUGGGAAGGACUUUGAUAAUGUUUUGGGGCCGGUUGUGGUUUGCAUUGCCCUCGCCGUUGCGCUUGCUGUGAACUUUGCGUUCCAGUAUCGGAACAUGAAGGAAAGGAAGGGACAUGGCCGCCAUCCGCAUUCGCUCACCACUGCGAUCCCGGAGAUAUUCAAUGUCAGCAUCGACAAGGAGCAAUUCGUGGGAUUGGUUCAGCAGUGAAGAGAGCAUUGGCUAUCAAUAAUUCUAAUGGGGAAGAGAAAAAAAUUGUUGUACGAUUAGAUGGAUGGAUUUGAUGUUACCUACCUACUGGGAGGCAGCGUCGUGUUUCUUUGUUUGUCAUGUUUUGGCUGGACUAACUUGAGUUACCUAGCGGCGAGUUUUGAAUCGUGCAGUGAUAUCCUUGUUUUUGUUUUCUGAAGGUUUUUUCUUCUCCCUUUUCUUCACUAUUAUUGAUGUCAUGAGGGGGGAAGAGGAGGUGCGAAUAAGAGAACGAGAAACUGUAGCGUUAAUGGGGAAAUUUUGAAUGACUUUUUGAUUUUAAAA